AUGAAUAGUCAGUUACAAUCCGUAGCAAGAACGGCAACCAACGAUAUAAAUAAUCCAAUUGAUUUGAGUCAGUAUAACAACAAUAACGGAAUAAAAACAAAUUCAAUGAAUCUGAAUUUAAAUAAUAAUAUUAAUAAUAAUAGUACAACAACUGUUGUACCACAAGUUCCUCCGAAAACAGUUCAUACACGUCCAACAACAAUAGUAACGGCACCCAUUAGUUACUAUACUGGAGAGCAAAAUUUUUCUAGUUUUAUAAAUAACAAUAGUCAAUUUACAGCAAACAAUCAAACAGUAGCAAAAGGUACGUAUGCACAAUGA